AUGAUGAAAGCUAGAAACCAGUUUAACUUAUUUGUGCACCGCAAGUACAAUGUACCUGUGCACCACAACAACCCAUACACUAAUGCCCCCUUUGAAUUGCCAUCUGAUUCAAGGCCCAAACUAGUUCUUGAGCUGAUGAAAGCUUUGGAACCCCUUCCUGAAUUCUUGGCCACAAACCCAAGAACUGAGGAUCACAACAAAAAAGUUUGGAUUCAUGAAGCCACUACUUUGAAAGCUAAAUGCAAGACAAUCAAGACCAACAUCGCUUUGAUAAUUAGAGUUAACACACAGAAUCUCUCUGAGAUGAAGCAUAGGGCAUUCACAAAGGUUUUCAAAACUCGGACUACCAAAAAAUGUGACUCCACCACAAACACAUUUUUUCCACAAAGAUGGUUCCGCCGUGAAGCUCCCCGUGAGGUGUUCAAUUUAUCAUAUUAUGAAAACUUGACCUUUUCGGAUGAUGAUUCUUACGGUGACAGGUAUGAAGAUUGUUUUGGGCCCAUGCCUAAGUUGCUGCUUUUUCAUUUUGAUAAUAUAAGGAAGAGAACCCUGGAAAGAAUUGGCGAUAUACUGAAUGCAGAGGAUAAAAGAAUCGAAGACCUUUACGAUGCUUAUUGGCGGAGAUUGAAAUGUGAUAUGCCUCCAGUUGUUGUCAAAACAAGCUUUGCAACUCCCAUGGAGGAGUACCAAUAUUGGUACGAAAACGUAAAGUACGACUCGGACCCAGACAUGUUAUUUGACCAAGCAUGUGAAAAGUUGGCAAAAUUGCCGUACUUUCCGCUGAAUGUUCCAACUGGUGACCCAGUCGACAGUUGUGGAAAUGAAGUCACUUCCCUUUACUCGGAAAUUGAAGAUUCUUACAAAGGUUGGUACGGGGAAUUGAUGUCGCACUUGGCUGCGAAAAGGGAGCUCGCGUCAAAAGCCGCAGUUUUUGUUGACGAUGCAGGAGCCACCAAAGAACAAAACUCGGAUAAUUUGAUUGAAGUCACCAAAGUAGGAGGUAACUCUACCUCUGGAAACGUAUACCCCUACCAAGAUGGUCACUACCAUUGCAAAUUUGAGCGUAGUAUGUUCAGAAAACAUCCUUAUGCUUCCCAGAGAAUUAUACAAGAUGAAUUAUCUAGGAUUCGUAGGAGACCCUGUACUGAUUCUCCUUCAGUUGACCAUGCUGUUAGGUCUGGUGCUGCUUCUACUACUUUUGGUGCCGCUUCUGCUAUUUCUGGGGCUACGACAACUUCAGACAAAAACAUGCACAAAGUCCUCUCAUUGAAAUUGAACAAAAUGGAAGAGACUCCUGUUGGCAACGUCAGAGAUGAUGUUAUGAAUGUUAAAGGAAAUGGCCAAUCCGUUAACAGUGGAGCUGAAUCACCAAACGUUGUUGACGAAGAAACUCUUUUGGGGUCUCCAGUUUCGAUGGGGCCCACUCUUGUUUCCAGUCAAUGUUCCAUGAAGGACGGUUUCAAGGGAAAUGACGAGGAGCAAAUUCCUAUCAACGUUGACCUCACUCCUGUGGAAGAGAUGAUUGAAAGAACCCAGAAGAAAAUGUAUAAAUUGGAGGAAGGACUUGAAGAAUUAAAGAAGGCGUUUUCCGCGCAAAAGGAAUUGACAAGCUCUCGGGAUCCUGCACACAACGAGGACAUUGGCUGCGGAAAAUCAUCCAAACACGCACUCAAACUUGGACCAACUCCACAACUUGGACCUCCAACCGAACCUGGUAAAACACCAAAGAAACCACUUACCAUUUUGGAAGCAAUGCAAGCCAUAGAACGUCAUCGUGAAAACCCCCAUGCUUUGUUUGCUAUACAUGCAGCAGAGCAAAGAUUAUAUUACAUGACUCACAAAUUUGGAACCCCAAUCAAAUAUGGAAAAGCAUUUGACAUUGGGCCACAACCAAAACUUGGACCGCCACCCAAUCUUGGACCACCUGCUAAGCGUAGAGAAACUUUCAAACGUGGAAAUUCUCAUAAGGCAGGUCCAACUCCCAAAGCUGGAGAAACAUCUAAGCAUGAAGUAACUUCUAAACAUAAAGGAACUUCAAGGCAAGGACAAGCUACUAAACACGGACAAGUUCCCAAACAUAGGGAACCUACAAAGCUUCAAACCAAAAGUCGUAGUACGGAAAACAUUAGUAAAUCUGCUUCAGAUUCUACUCUUCCUCCCAAAUUUCCAUUUAACGUGACAUCUUCAGAACCUAAUGCUGGUGACAUCACCAGCAGGAAAACCCACGAGGCAUUCCAGUGGGGGUCCAAUUUUCUCGUUAAUGAAGCACAAUUUUGUCCAGCUGGCCUUUCCUAUGCUGUUUCUCCAACUGAAACUUUGGUUGAGUCCGCGUCAACAGAUUUUGAUGAUGCGACAAGAAUUCCUACUCCAUCAUUAAAAGCGAAGGGUAUUCCAACAAUAUCCCCCAAAAAUCUUGGGGAAAUGAGAGAGUUUAAUCUCAAGCCCAGAGCCGCCAAAGAAGAAGGUUCAGUAUUAAGAGAGUUGAGGUUGGCACCAAAAAAGAACAACACCAUGAUGAGCAUGUUAGGGUGUGAAUCUUUGUUUUAGAAGACUUGAUUCCUAUCUUUAUUGCAAACGUGAGCCAGGAAUAUACACAUUCGACAGGUACGAAAAUCCAUGACUUUUUCUGUACCCAAGUUUGGAAGUCAUUCUUGUAUUAUAGCUGUUUUAUCUUAGUUAAUAUAUU